AUGUCUUCUCUUCUCAUUCUCAUCUUCAUUGCCUUAGCCAUAACAUUCAGUAAUCAUUCUUCAAAGGCAGCACCUGUAAGGAUCGCUGACACUAUCCAUCGCAACAACCAUAACCUCUUCUCAGUUUCAGUCUCAGUCUCAGACUCAUCUAGUAAAUGCAGAUUCAGACAAGCAAAACCGGAGAGUCAAAAGGUGUUCAAGAAAUGGAAAACCGGUUCAGACGAGCAAACUCGGAGGAUCAAAAGGUGUUCAAGAAAUGGAGAAAUGAAGCAUCAUCCAAAGAGAAAGCCUAGACGGAUUCUGAAACAAAGUAGGAAAGCAAGUAAGGUUCAGUUUCAAGAGAAGAAGAAGAGAUUAUCAAGAUACCUGAAAAACAAAGCAGCUUCAAAAAAAAAUUUACCAGACAAGAAGUUCUUCUUCUUCCCACAUCCAUGGCUUCUUCCUCCAAACCCCUUUGCACCACCACAUUCGAUUUUCCCACCAAACCCAUUUGCUCCACCGCCUUCGAUUUUCCCACCAAACCCGUUUCAACCUCCACCUCCUUCGAUAUUGCCUCCAAUAUUUCCUCGGCCUCCACCGCCUCAUUCAAUUUUCCCACCAAACCCGUUUCAGCCUCAUCCUCCACCUCCAUCAAUAUUUCCUCCAUUGUUUCCAAAGCCACCUCCUGCUCCUCCUCCAUCGAUAUUCCCUCCAAACCCAUUUCAGCCUCAUCCUCCUCAGCCUCCUCCUCCAUCGAUAUUCCCUCCGAUAUUUCCUCAGCCUCCUCCUGCUCCACCUCCUCCUCGAUCUAUAUUCCCUCCAAACCCAUUUCAGCCUCAUCCUCCUCCGCUUCCUCCUGCUCCUCCUCCAUCUUUAUUCCCUCCUAUCUUUCCACAGCCUCCUCCUGCUCCAGCUCCAGCUCCACCUCCUCCUCGAUCAUUUUUUCCUCCAAACCCAUUUCAGCCUCGUCCUCUUCAGCCUCCUCCCGCUCCUCCUCCAUCGUUAUUCCCACCAAUCUUUCCUCAACCUCCUCCUCCUCCAGUUCCAUCUCCUCCUCCAUCAUUUUUCCCUCCAAACCCAUUUAAGCCUCGUCCUCCUCUUCCAAGUACUCCUCCACCACGGCCUUACUUCCCUCCACUGCCACCGAUCUUUCCAGGCUUAUAUCCACCACCGCCACCACCACCACCACCUCCUCCUCCUCCACCUCCAUCGAUUUUCCCAUUUCCCCCAUUCCCAUUCUUUCCACCACCACGCAACCCUGGCCCUCCUCCUGCUUCAUCUACUUCAGCAAACAAACAGCCUCCUUAA